AAUUUAUAAAAGUUUUGAAAGAAAAGUCUAAUGAAUAUAAUUGUUUUGCUAUUUGUAAUGCAUGCAAAGAAGCAAGAGGUUAUGAUUAUGGAUAUUUGAAUAAAUUCGUUAAUACAAAGAGGCUAGUCAAGACACAUUUAAAAAAUUGUAUUUAUUUCAAAAAUAAAAAAGGAGAAGAUGAAGCUAAAAGAAUAUUAGAUGAGACAAACAGUGAAAAAUUAAAAAAUAAUCAAAAAAAGUGUCAACUUGAGCAAGAAUAUAAAGGACCAUUAGAUCUUCAUUUUCAAAAAGUAUUAGCUAUUAGCCAAUUAUGUGGAAUUUUUGCUCAAGACUAUAAAGUUCAAGAAUUAGACGAACUCAAAAAACUUUAUGAAUCAACUUCAACGAUAUCUUUGCUAAACUAUACUAAUGUUGAAAGUGAUUAUACUAAAACUGAUAUUGACGAUGAAAUAGAUCAAAAGGCUAAGUGGCCAUUAGAUAGUUUGUUUUUAGCUGAUUUAGAUGCACCAUUUUUUGUGACUUUUUAG